GACACCCUUUCAGGCGGCCGCCAUUCCGCGAGCAGGGCGCGGGUGAGUCUUGCCGGCGCGGCCGUACGCGUGGCCGCUUCCCUUCUGUCCCCCGGCUCCAAGUGCCCCUCACCGCCUCUCCCCCGCAGGUGCCGGCCUCGCCAUGCAGAUCUUCGUGAAGACCCUCACGGGGAAAACCAUCACCCUCGAGGUUGAGCCUUCUGAUACUAUAGAAAAUGUAAAAACUAAGAUCCAGGAUAAGGAGGGCAUUCCUCCUGACCAGCAGCGGCUGAUUUUUGCUGGUAAGCAGCUAGAAGAUGGACGCACGCUGUCUGACUACAAUAUUCAAAAAGAAUCAACUCUUCACCUUGUGCUGAGACUUCGUGGUGGUGCCAAGAAAAGAAAGAAGAAGUCUUACACUACUCCUAAGAAGAACAAGCAUAAGAGAAAGAAGGUUAAGCUUGCAGUGCUUAAGUACUACAAGGUGGAUGAGAACGGCAAGAUCAGUCGCCUGCGCCGGGAGUGCCCCUCUGAGGAGUGUGGAGCUGGAGUCUUCAUGGCUAGUCACUUCGACAGACACUACUGCGGCAAGUGCUGUCUGACCUACUGCUUCAAUAAACCAGAAGACAAGUAAAUGUACUAGACAAUAAAAAUCUGAAGUUCUGUACUGUU